AUCUAAUACGUCACAAAGUCGCUUGUCCAAAUGUUUAUUGUUUUUAUAUUCGAAAUUGGCGCUCUUGGAAAGUAAACUUUUGUUCGCGCAUCUAUUACUUUUAGCAAGACGCACAUACUAUAUACACAUAGAAAAAGAAUACUUUUCUUAUAUAUAAACGCGUAGGAGAAAAUUAAAGGUACCAGCGUGAAGUACGACCUUCAAGUACAUCUAAUGGAAUUAUUCUUAAUACCCAAUAUUCCAGAUUAUAUCCAAUAUAAGAGUAUGAAGUUCUGAUUAAAAAAUUGAUUAAGAAAUUACUCUCUUACGCUGUUUGUGAAAAGUGAAAGUUUCGCAAGUGAGAAACGUUUCGUGUUUUCAAUUUAUUACGAAACACUUUUAAAUAUAGCGUAUUGAACUAAAAGUAUUUAAACAUUCGUUAAAGUAUUAUGUGGAAAAGUUAAUGUAUAGAAAUAAUUAAACGUGUCUCUAGCAUUCGCUUUAACCAUCACAGAUGCCAUACAUUCUAGUGCGUGGUAAUUUAGCUUCGUACGGUCACAGAUAUCCGUGGAGAGUUCUAGUAUCAGGACUCAAAGCAUCCGACAUAGAACAACUUACUCGCUUUGCUUCUGGAGGAUAUUGCGACGAUUUUACGAUAGUCUAUUUACAACAUCCUUGUGUAAUAUUAACUGCUCUGGAGGUUCUUGGAUAUAAGGUUGUCGCUUCUUCUAGUACUAGCAUCAAACAAGACUACAAUGAAUAUAUGUGGACUAUGAGAAAAGAUUUCUCAGAACCUGAACCUGAACUUGUCAUAAAAGCACAAGGAAAAGAUGGCGAAGUCUAACGAAAGUUGUAUCGACACCAUGGCGGAACCAGUCAGUGUAAUGCCUGAAAAA